AUGCCUCAAUCCGAGGGAAGUUCGCCAACCCACACCCGGGCGAAUUCCAACGCCUCGACCGCCCACGCUCCCAAGCGCGCAAAACUCCCCGUCCUCGCCCGAAUCUGCGACGACAUCCGCGCCUCCAUCCUCGGUUACAGACCCCCCGGGCCCUGGCCCCACCUCACCGAGCUCUCUAGCCUCAUAGCGGCCUUCCUACAAGACGAGGAGACGCCCUCCAUGCACGUCAACUUCGAGACCAUCAAGGCGUGCCGUCUUGACAAGCUCCUCGAGGAUAUCUUAGAUCCUAAACAUCAUCCGCCGAGGCCGCCCGAGGAGCUACGCGAGCUUGUGGCUAAUGCCGAGCGCUUGCAGACGGCGUGGACGGGGAGGUUUGGGGAGGAAUAUUCUUCCAUUGACGAGAUGAGGGGUAACGAGCUUGUUCAGGCGGGGCAGUUGAGGGAUCUGUAUUUUAGUAUUCAGGAUGGGAAGCCUGGGUGGAGGAUACGGAGGUUCAGGAGGCCGUCUGAGGAGCUUACCACCACAGCCUUUGAACCAGGACAAUGGUUCGUCAACAUGGCGAGCGCUUAUCGCAACGGCAUGGCCGGCGACUCCAUGGAGACUCUGUCCAAGAAUGGCAUGAAGGUCCUACCCCUUCUUUGGGGCAGGGAAGAACGAAACGACCGGGAGACGACGAGAUAUACUCGAGACGGAGGCGCAUCAGAGAUGGUCCACUCUCUGCUCUCCCAUGUGGGCCAGCGGAUACAUAUUCUCCGGGGCCACAAGCUCCGCAGUCCUUAUGCCCCAGAAGCUGGCGUCCGCUACGACGGAAUAUACAUCCUCCGCAGCUUCGGCCUCAAGCUUGAUCCCCUCACCGACACCUACCGCAUGACCCUCAUCAUCGAACAAGCCUCGGGCCAAGAGCGCGUAGAAGCUUUCCAGGCCAUACCUCGACCUUCACAGCUCGACGACUGGCGGCUGUAUGAGAGGAUAGAGGAGGCCGAGAUUCAGCGGGUGGGUAAAGAUGGUUUUGAAACGUGGCGGGAAAUGCAGAAGGAGGAGGAUCGCGUUGCCUUCUAG